UGCUAGUCGUUUAACCGGAGCUGAAACAAAUCGAGGAUGAUAUCUUUUUCUUAGCUAUAAACUUGAAAAGUAUUCCACAGGUUGUGGCCUUUGGCAGGAUGUCAGGAUGGCAAGUGGCCCUGGCUUGCCGGACAGCCUGGUGCUGGAAAUCUUCUUGCAUCUCCCUCAUAAGGCAGUGCUGAGCGCAGGGUUCACCUGUCGUCAGUGGUUUGCUGUGUCGCGGGAUGAAUUCCUCUGGAAGGAGCUCUUCUACAACUACUACUGCAUCCCACGCUUGGUGCCUCGCCACCCUGCGGCUGAGUCGUGGUACAGGGAGUUCAAGCGGCUGUAUGACUGCAUUCCCUGUGUGGAGGUUCAGACUCUGAAGGAGCAUCAUGAUCAGGUCCUGCAUUUGGCUUUCUCUCACCGUGGACAUCGCUUCUCUUCCUGCUCCAAAGACUGUACCGUUAAGGUUUGGGACACGGAACAAUCAGAUGGCACCAUCUCUUUGGUUCACAGCUCCAGCAUGCGGCAGUUUAACUGGGGCUACACUCAGUUCUCCCAGUUUAACGCCGAUGACACACUGCUGCUGGUGUCAGGGGUAUACCUGGGCCCACAUCACUCCUCUUCUGGAGAGAUUGCAGUCAUCAGUUUGGAGAACUACACUCUGCUGUCCCGUGUGAGAAAUAAGCCAUAUGAUGUGUUCGGCUGCUGGCUGAAUGAGACUCACCUAAUCUCUGGUAACCUGCACUGGAUUGGCAACAUGACCUCCUGCUCUGUGCUCUGGCUCAACAAAGCUUUCCAGGACAUCGAGUCAGAAAAUGUGAAUGUGGUGAAGCGUCUGUUUAAGAUCCAGAACAUCAACGCCAGCACUAUCCGCACAGUGAUGGUGGCCCACUGCCGUCGACACGACUCUCCUGACCUCCUUCUGGACUAUGAAGCUCAGUCAAAGGCACAAGCUCAAGCUCAGCGGACACAGCAGCACCAGCCUCUCUUCUUUGAUCUGGGAAACACAGACAGUGAAGAGGAGGAGGAUGAAGAUGAGGGGGAUGAGGAGCGAGGAGAAAAAAGAGUGUCAGCACAUCCGCCCUCAUUUAACCCGCCCAGGAUUCAGCAUGUUAUACAUGGUCGUCAGAGCAUAGCUGCUCGUGAACGAGAGUUGGAGACAAAGGUGGCCAGGUUGAUGGGCAGCAGACGCACCAAAGCUCCUGAUCCAAACCUGGUGUCUCCCUCAGCUCCUGGAGAAGGAGAGGACAAGACCUACCUCCUCUUCACCACCGGCAGCCUUACCUACUCGCCUCACCAAAUAGGCAUCAAGCGGAUAAUGCCUGAUCAAAUGACGACAUGUGGUCCUGUGUUGGGAGAGGAGCGCAGUACGGAUGAAUUCUUCGACUCACUGGAUCAUGUGAUUGACAUACACGGCCACAUCAUUGGCAUGGGUCUGUCACCUGACCAUAGGUACUUGUACGUAAACAGUCGAGCGUGGCCAGCAGGCUGUGUGAUCUCUGACCCCAUGUCCCCUCCACCCAUCGCAGAGGAGAUAGACCUGCAUGUGAUUGAUCUGAAGAGUCUUAGAGAGGAACGCCGCAGCCUUCGAGCCCACCGGGCCUUCACACCCAACGAUGAGUGCUUCUUUAUCUUCCUUGACGUCAGCCGAGACUUUGUCGCCAGCGGUGCAGAGGACAAGCACGGUUACAUCUGGGACCGGCACUACAACAUCUGCCUGGCUCGCCUGAAACACGAUGACGUGGUCAACUCUGUGGCCUUCAGCCCAGCAGACCAGGAACUGCUGCUGUCUGCCAGCGACGACUCCACCAUUAAAGUGUGGCGCUCGCCACGCAUGGUGCGCCUCGCCGAGGCACCCCAGCACCCCCCUCGGGCUCGCAAACUGCUCUCCUCCUUGCUUGGCCGCAGAAGUGCUAAUCUGAAUGGUAAACCCUGACCUGGACCCUGGCGGGCGUAAUGCAAGAGGAAAACGCCACAGAAGGACACUCCAUGAGCAGAGGGACACGUGAGGUCAAGAAACUGAGGAUUCCACAGUGGUCUCUAUGAGAAGAACAAGGAUACGUGCAUUCUUGUGUGGCCCUUUUGCAGGAUGUGCCGUGACCAACAGAUAACCGGAAGAUGAGAAGCAACAAAAGAAAAUGGGCUCUUUGGAACUCUAUACUGGUGAAAGAUCGCUGAUGCACAUGAAAACGUAGGAGACGGACAUUAAGAGGACGUGUGACUUCAAGAGCAAAGAACCAAGGAUAUUAAGGUCGCAUUCAUAUAUACGUGUGUAAUUUGAAAGCCCAUUUAACCCUGUCAUAAUGAAUGAAGCACAUCUGCACGUUUGUAAUUUAAGUAUUUUGUUGGCACCUUUUUUAGUAGAUGUUAUACAAGCAACCUGAUGAUCAGAACAAGGACAUGGUCAAAGUAUUUAAAUCCUAACAGAGAAAAAGCUACGUUCUGCUACAAUUUUACAACACAAUUGUGUCACUGGUGUUUCAUCUCUGUUCCGGUGUUAUGUAGAGAAGUUUGAUUUAACUUCAUUACAGAAUGACAAUGCAGAUGUUUACUCCUGAGCUACCCCAUAUAGCCUUUAUUGAAAUCAGUUGUCCAUAUGGAUUGUGUCAUGCAGGUUUUAACGAUCAUACUAUAUUGAAAAU